AUGUAUGUUCAUCCUAGUCAAACAUAUGUUCAGCCAGCAAGAGCCUAUCAAAGUACAGGUGCUCUUCAUCAACCUAUUUCCUCAUUUCAGAAUAAAGGAUUGGGAUUAGGUGUUGAUCAAGAGCGUGAAGGGGAGCAGAUUGAUCGGGCUUUACUGAAGAAUGUUCUAGAUAUAUUUGUGGAGAUAGGAAUGGGACAAAUGGAGUACUAUGAGAAUGAUUUUGAAGCAUCCAUGCUUAAUGAUACAGCAACAUAUUAUUCACGCAAGGCUUCCAACUGGAUUCUAGAAGAUUCUUGGUCAGAUUAUAUGUUCAAAGCAGAGGAGUGCUUAAAAAGAGAAAAGGACAGAGUGUCUCAUUAUCUUGAUUCCAACAGUGAGCCAAAGCUUCUUGAGGUAGUCUUUGGUAAUGGAACCGUGGACGUGGUGGUGGUGGUGAUUAUCGUGGUGGUGCCCCAUGGUAUUGGUGGAGCUGAAGGACCUGAUCGUAUAUUUGUUGGGGGUUUACCGUAUUACUUUACUGUGGUACAUAUAAGAGAGCUGCUAGAAUCCUUUGGACCGCUGCGUAGGUUUGAUCUUGUGAAGGAUAGAGAUACUGGAAACUCUAAAGGAUAUGGUUUAUGUGUCUAUGAGGAUCAAGCAGCCACAGACGUUGCCUGUGCUGCACUUAAUGGCUUAAAAAUGGGGGAUAAAACACUCACAGUCAGACGUGCAACCAUCAGAUUACCUGAUGAGAUUCCAACUAAAGUUUUGUGUUUAACUGAGGAGUUGGUUAACGUGGAAAACCUCAUUUUGAGAAAUAUGAUAUUUUUGAAUAAUUUUGGUAAACGCAAGCAUGGUUUUUUUGGUGCAAUGAAGGUGAUCAAUGCUGACAAAUUGAUGGAUGAUGGAGAAUAUGAAGAAAUAUUAGAGGAUAUGAGGGAAGAAGGACGAAAAUUUGGGUUUUUUAAGGGCAGUGAGAGUAAUUCUUGUCCAGAUUUGGGUGAAGGUCUGGAUGGUGGUCUGAAUGGUGCAUGUAUCAAAGUGUGUAUUCCAAUAUCAAGUUAA